UCCCGUGGGAUGAUCACGUGUCCGUGGGGAGUAGUUGUGUGUGGAGCCCGUGGAAUAGGAGGUGUAUCGUCAAGCGCGUCGUUCACACUUGAAUGUUACAGUAAGGAAGCUGUCAACAUUGAGCUGACACUGUGUUUGCGCGUUUAUUGCUUUGCUCAAGGCGAAGGAAAAUGAUUGGGAAUCUUGAUUUCCAUAAACUUCUGCGCGCAUCUCAAUCGCAACAAACACACUCAGUGUAAUAUCAACGCUGCUGUUUACUAUUGCAAGAAGAUACGCAAAAGAGGAAAAGACUGUCACUACAAAUCAAGGAGGAGGGUACGUAAUGAGAUUAGUCUGGACCUUGUUUACCAGUUCUGAUCAUAUCAAGCCCUGCUGUCUUGACUGAAUUACAAACGCAAGUGACUGACCAGCUUCUGUGGGAUUUGAUGUCACCUUUAGAUCGGUUCAAUUGAAGAUGGAAACACUGGAGUCCGAGCUGACGUGUCCAAUCUGCCUGGAAUUGUUUGAGGACCCUCUCCUGCUGCCCUGCGCCCACAGCCUGUGCUUCAACUGCGCCCACCGCAUCCUGGUCUCGCACUGCUCCAGCACCAAGCCUCUCGAGUCCAUCUCCGCCUUCCAGUGCCCCACCUGCCGCUACGUCAUCACGCUCAAUCAGCGCGGCCUGGAGGGCCUGAAGCGAAAUGUGACGCUGCAGAACAUCAUCGACCGAUUCCAGAAGGCCUCCGUCAGUGGGCCCAACUCCCCCAACGAGAGUCGUCGGCCGCGGCCCUACAGCGCCACGCUCGGCGGGAGCGCGAGGGGCAGCCCCGCCAGUAGCGCCAUGUCCCUAGAGCGCGUUGGCUGCCAGUUCUGCGAUCAAGAGCCCCCGCGGGAGGCGGUCAAGACGUGCGUGACGUGCGAGGUGUCGUACUGCGACCGCUGCCUGCGGGCCACGCACCCCAAUAAGAAGCCCUUCACCAGCCAUCGUCUGGUGGAGCCGGUGGCGGACGCUCAGCUGCGUGGGCUGGCCUGCUUGGAGCAUGAGAACGAGAAGGUGAACAUGUACUGCGUGGUGGACGACCAGCUGAUCUGCGCUCUCUGCAAGCUGGUGGGACGGCAUCGCGAGCAUCAGGUCACCUCGCUCAGUGAUCGCUUCGACAAGCUUAAGGCUUUUCAAGUGAGCCCUGCCAGAGUUUCUGAAGCGGUUAUGGAGGCAUCAAAGACAAGCGCCGCGCAAACCCUGGAGAAUAACUUAACCAAUCUGGUGAAGAGGAACAGUGAGCUGGAGAACCAGAUGGCCAAACUCAUCCAGAUUUGUCAACAGGUGGAGGUGAACACAGCCAUGCAUGAAGCCAAGCUGGUGGAGGAGUGUGAUGAAUUGGUGGAGAUAAUUCGCCAGAGGAAACAGGUCAUUGCUGUCAAGAUCAAAGAAUCCAAGGUGAUGAAGCUGAGGAAGUUGGCUCAGCAGAUUGCGAACUGCAGACAGUGUCUGGAGCGCUCGAGUGCCCUCAUCACACAGGCUGAGCACAGCCUGAAGGAGAACGACCACGCCCGCUUCCUCCAGACGGCCAGGAAUGUGGCUGAGAGAGUUGCCAUGGCCACCGCCUCCUCCCAGGUCCUCAUCCCGGACGUCAAUCUGAACGAGGCCUUUGACAAUUUUGCCCUUGAUUUCUCCAGAGAAAAGAAAAUCCUGGAAGGACUGGAUUACUUGACAGCACCCAACCCUCCCUCUAUACGUGAAGAGCUCUGCACGGCCUCUCAUGACACCAUUACAGUGCACUGGACUUCUGAAGAUGAAUUCAGCGUCACCUCCUAUGAGCUUCAGUACACCAUCUACACUGGCCAGACCAACUUCAUCAGUCUGUAUAACUCUGUAGAUAGCUGGAUGAUUGUGCCCAAUAUCAAGCAGAAUCACUACACAGUCCACGGCCUACAGAGCGGCACUCGUUACAUCUUUUUCGUCAAGGCUAUCAACCAGGCAGGCAGCAGAAACAGUGAACCUGCUCGCCUCAAAACCAACAGUCAGCCUUUCAAACUGGACCCCAAAACGGCCCAUAAGAAGCUGCGCCUCUCCAAUGACUGUCUGACCAUGGAGAAGGAUGAAAGCUCCCUAAAGAAGAGUCACACUCCAGAACGCUUCAGCGGAACAGGAUCCUACGGUGCCGCUGGCAACGUCUUUAUCGACAGUGGCUGCCAUUACUGGGAGGUUUUACUGGGAGCCUCCACAUGGUACGCGCUUGGUGUGGCCUACAAGUCAGCACCCAAAAACGAAUGGAGCGGUAAAAACUCAUCGUCAUGGGUUUUCUCGCGCUGCAACAACAACUUCCUGGUGCGGCGCAACAACAAGGAGUCCAUCGUGGAAGCUUCACUACAGCUGCGCAGGGUGGGAGUGCUGCUGGACUACGACAACAACGCCCUGUCCUUCUACGACGCCAUGAACUCCCAGCACAUAUACACUUUUGACGUUUCCUUCCUGCUUCCGGUGGCACCGACCUUCAUGAUCUGGAAUAAAUCGUUGAUGAUUAUGUCAGGACUGCCCGUGCCUGACUUCGUGGACUGCAGCGAGCAGCAAGAGGGCAUCUGUCGCCAACAGGAUUCGCCCUACGUGUCUGGAAUGAAGAGCUGCCACUGAGGCAUCAUGGGAGAUGAUUAUUCCAGAAGGUUUCCUUGGCCCUCUUCCUUUCCUGGUUUCCACAGCUAGGUUGAAGUUGGAUCUUUAGUUGUUCUGGUCACAUAAAUGAGCAGUUAUUAUGAGCUCUCAGAUUUAAACAGCUGACAUGGGCGAAUUAAAUUGUAAAUUAUUUAUGACUAAACAUCAGUUUGCUUUUUGUCAGUUUUAAUGUAUCCCUAAAAGCACUUUUUAGAGUUGAAUUUGUUGCCCCUGUGUAUAAAAAGACUUGCUAACUUGAGACAGGGUUGGACUUCCUUUUGGACCGAAUAUAGUGGAUUAUAUUAGGAUGACAGAUUGGUGUUUCUACUAAGGGUUGCAUUUAUUAUCUGAUGGGUCUAUAACACUCUUUUCAUAUUCAGGGAGAAAAGAUGAUUCUUUGGUUUAAAAUAUGUCUGAUGAUGAUGAUGGCAUGAUAUGUAUUUCCUCUGUGAUUUGUUCUCACUAUCUCAGUUUCUGUUUUUUUGUGAAAAGCAUGAGGCACAAGUCCCCCGGGUGUUUUUAACAUUUAUCUUUAAUAAUUGAUAUAGGAUGUACAACAAAAUCCCAUCUGUGGAGGUGUUCGUCCAUUGACACGCGUUCAGACGCCGCCAGGAACUGAAUUUCAAGACCGUAGUGCAUAUAUAUCACGCAUCCAUUCGUUCAGAAAUAUUCGAAAGAUUGGCAACAAAACACUUUGUUGCAUCAUUUGUCAUGAUUCAAAGCAAAUACAGUUUAGUGGAUUUAUUUUCUCAAUGGCUGUGAUGAAUCUUACACGAUCUUCCGCAGUGUGACGUUCAGGGCUGUAAUAAGGACACCCGCUUCUGGGUUCAGAUAAAGACAAUCACUUGUGCUAAUGCAGGCAACAAAAAAAAAAAAUCAAGUGUGUAGCAAGAGAUCUUUGCAAUAGCAUGCUAAACUUGAGAUGCUUCCUUGAAAAAGGGGUUUGUACUUUGGGAAGUAUUCGUACUACUGACACCACUGUCCUGCUGCAGUUUUCGCUUUGUGUCAGUAGGGUUUUCCUCUUUGCUCUGCUGAAUGUACAUGAUUGCUUUGGCUCUUUUUAUAUCUUUCUGAUUGAAAGCACAGAGCAUUACCAUCAGAUCCACUCUGAAAGCACAGGAAGUAUGUGAGUCAGUCGUUAUUUGUGUUGGAUAAGGACACAAAGCAGACAUUUACCCAAAACACUCUCAUAGCAAUUCGUAACUAUUUUAUAUUUUGGCAAUAUUGGUGGCUCACUCCCAACAGUUUUUCUUCAUCUCAGCAUCGAUCUGUAUACUUGUGCUGAAGUCACAUUAUGGACAAAUCACAGACAUCAGACACUUAAAGACACCAUGAACGUGAGCUCAUCAAUUGUUUUCAAGUUUAAUCUGUGGCUAAAUGAUACAUUAAUGGUGUAGUUGAGCAAUAAUGAACAGACAUAGCUUUUUAUGAUGAUUUCUGGCCAAUUGCAUGAAGUUCUUGAGAUGGGACUGGGUCUCAAAACCAUUUCCACUUGAAUAUUUUGUUCUUAAAUCCAGUUUUUGUCUUGGUCUCGGGCAAUAAAUAAAUAGAUUAACAUGAGAAUGAGAACAUUUUUAGACUGAUGGAGCUUUUUUACUGAGUUCUACACUGCUGAAAGUGCAAACAGUAUGGGAGAUGUGUGACACAGCGAUGUCAAAUCAUUGUCAGUUUGUUUCCUGUAUGAACACAAACCUGAGAUGUCCACUACUGCACCUUUCCUCCCUCUCAGUUCAUUCAGUCACACUGUUGUCAGUUCUGUUGUCACCGUCAAUGCAGCAGCCGCUGUCACGUGUCCUGGUCUCGAUUGCAACCCUGCAUGCUAAAAAGAGCAAGAUGACAUGUAUUGCAGGAAGUCUUCAGCAUUUUCACUUAUCAUUAGUGAUAUCCAUAGGCAAGUCUUGAGGAAUUGCUUUUUUUUUUUUUUCAGGUCACUAAUCAUGUAAAAACUCAAUUUCAGGCUUUUCAGAGGCUAAAAGGUGAAGGUGAGAAGCUUGAAAGCAGUCGAUCUCUGAUCUAGUUUGAUCUAUUUGUUCAAGUGCGAUUCACCAGGUCACUGCAUGACGAUCUGGUCCGGCUCAAAGCAUUUCCUGUGAUAUUCUCUGCUGUUUUAUAUAAACAUUUUUUACUGGAAAUGUCCAGGAAAGAUAUUGUCAUGGCAUAUCAGGUUUCCAGUUAGCUGUGCUUUUCUUUGCGUUUGACUAAUUAACUAAUUGCAUUUGUUUUCAAGCAGUUGUUUUUACAUUUCUGAACAAAAAAAAAAAAUGAAAGAACCGAAUUCUCUUCUUUGAUAUUUCAGUCUUUAUUAUGUGCUCAAGCAGCUGUGUGUUCAUCAACAAUGCUCCUGUUUCAAUAGUUAUAACUUAGCAAAAAAAGAAUGUAAAUCAUAGGAGGAAAUAUAUAUUAUAUAAAAAUUGUGUAAUAUACAAAAAAUAUAUAUAUGAACUAUUGUUAUUUAUGUGAGUCCAAAUAAAAGUCUGAU